CUUCUUUUCUCCUUAUUAAUCCACGUUAAAUCCGUUGUGAGUAGAUUGGGAAGUUCAAUUCCGCUUCACCAAACCCUGAAAGCCCUUAAACCCCAACCCAAAUCUCCAUCAACAACAGCAAGAGUUCCAUGGUCGUUGAAUCCCAACAAUGAAAGCUCUGAGAACCCUAAGAAGAACCCUCUAUUCCCCAACACCCGCAACCGUUUUUCGCGCCUUCUUCUCCGCACAACCACAGCCGCACCACGAUGACCCCACCGACUCCUCCGUCUUCGAUAGUUCCCACUACGCCCUUGAGGCCGAGCCCACGCUCAAGCCCGAGCCAAAGCCCACGUGGGACGAGAAGUACCGGGCCAGGGCGGACCGGGUGGUGUUCGGGGAAGAGGGCCCCAAGGGGAAGCUGCGGGUGAAGGAGGAGGAGGAUGAGAGGCGGAGAAGGGCCCUCGCGAAGGCCCUUCUCGAAGCUGCGAUGGACGAGGGCGAAGACGAAGAGGAGGAAGGGAAAGGAGCGGGCUUGGUGAAGGAGGACGACCAGAAGUCGCUGUCCGUGGGAAUCAUUGGCGCCCCCAAUGCUGGCAAGUCUGCGCUGACUAAUUACAUGGUUGGGACGAAGGUGGCAGCAGUUUCUCGGAAGACGAAUACUACAACUCAUGAAGUUGUGGGAGUGUUAACUAAAGGAGACACCCAAAUUUGUUUUUUUGAUACACCAGGGCUCAUGUUGAAUUGCGGUGGAUUUCCUUAUAGGGAUGUCAAGGUCCGUGUUGAAAGUGCUUGGAGUUCAGUCAAUCUCUAUGAAGUGCUCAUAGUCAUUUUUGACGUUCAUAGACAUAUUACCAGGCCUGAUUCAAGAGUGAUACAAUUAAUUAAACGAAUGGGAGCUCGAUCGAUUCCAAAUCAAAGGAGAAUUUUGUGCAUGAACAAGAUUGAUCUAGUAGAGAAAAAGAAAGACUUAUUGAAGGUUGCCGAAGAAUUCAAAGAUCUUCCUGGAUAUGAAAGGUAUUUCAUGAUAUCAGGACUGAAGGGGUCUGGAGUAAAAGAUCUGACUCAGUACUUGAUGGAGCAGGCAGUUCAACGACCCUGGGAAGAAGAUCCAUUUACCAUGAGUGAGGAAGUUAUGAAGAUGAUAGCAUUAGAAGUUGUGCGUGAAAGGUUAUUGGACCAUGUACAUCAGGAAAUUCCGUAUGAUGUUGAACAUCGAUUGAUUGACUGGAAAGAGUUACGAGAUGGUUCUCUUAGAAUUGAGCAACACUUCAUCACUAACAAAUUAAGCCAAUGCAAGAUUCUUGUGGGGAAGAAUGGCUCAAAAAUUGGGAGAAUAGGAAUUGAAGCCAAUGAAGAGCUAAGGUCCAUUUUCAAAAAGCAAGUGCAUCUAAUUCUCCGAGUUAGGCAUAAAAAGUGAACCAGGCAAAAAUAGAUUUGAUGUUGAAGUAUACCUUCUUUGCCACUCCAUGUUAUGCUAUAUUGAAAUGCCAAAGCUGUGGCGUGUCUUACACUUACACAUGAAGUCUGCAAAAGUGACAAGUAACAAAAUGGUGAUCGUGGGGAAAAUCAUGGGUAUAGUGAACACAGGUUGAGUUCAUUGGUGAUCACACAAGCAAACUUUUGUGCCAUUUACCAUUCGGUUGCCCUUGUUUAAGGAGUUGGACUCUUUAAGUUUAUUUUGUGCAUGAAUUUCUGAAGGAAAUUUUCAUAUUUUGUUUUUGUUUACUCAAAUAUAAUUUGAUUUAUACAUGUUUUUAUCAAAAUAAACUACUAGCACUUUUGGUCUAUAGUUGUACGAUUGUUACAUUGGGUGCUCUUAAAAUUGCCCAUGACCCCUCCCCACUUAAUGAGACAAGAGACUUUGUUAUUGUAUAAUCUUAUGUACAGCAAUUUUGAUUAUCAAA